AUGAUGACCAAACUUCCAUGUUGUAUUAAUUGCGGUCGCAUACGCCAUACUAAAAAUCGUGCAAGCAAACAGAGUUUUCGUACCAUAUCAAAUAAGAAGCAUCGAUGGCUGCAUGAUUUGUUGUUAGCACGUGGAGUCGAGCUUGAAUCCGAAAUGAUUAAAUGCAAUCAAAGCCGAGCUGUACUUUGUCGAGAAAGAAAUCAUCGAGGGUCGAAACAUCUUCAAGUAACACCGGGUGAUGAUUAUGAUGAUGAAACAGAUGACUCUCAAGAACAGUUUGAACAUUUUGAUCUGAAACAUAUUUUAAUAACUAAUAUUUUCGGAAACGGUGAUGAUGAUUUAUAUUGCUCAUGGUGCAUGAAAACUAAUGCCACCAUGAUGAAACUAACUCUAUCAGAACGUAUCUCACUGCUGUCAGAAGAUCGUUUAUAUACAUCACGCAAGGCCAUGAAGUGUUCUCAACCUUGUUGUACAAUACCUCAUAAACGUUCUCAGGAACUUACCAAGUUAUCCGCUGAACAAGUGAUCGAUCUGAUUGAUGAUUAG